AAAACAUGCUUUAUUAACCACACGAACAGGAUUUAUACGCAUAGCAAAUCACCACGAAGAGCCUCCGGCGACGCUGCGCGAACCACAAGAUACUCCGAUAAUCCCGAGCGAGGUCACAGCGAACCAAUCCCCUGUUCAGCGGGACCACACUGCAACUUCAGUGUGACUCGGCACUGGUGAGGCUGUAGAAGAGGAAUGGGGAUGAAGCAAAUUUGAGGGUAGAAGUGGAAUCGGCUCUUGUUUCAUCCCUAAUGUGCAGAGGUUUCUGUGGUUGGUCUGGAGCACUAGGCAUGGCUUUAUAAUAGUCUCUGUAUGUGGGAGCAUGAAGUUAGUUUUUGUGUGGGAAAAAUUUAUGCGCAGUUUCUGUGUAGCAUAGUCAGGUGAUUUAUAAGGGCAAGUUAGUUCCUUUGGUCAAUUUUUUUCCUAUACGUGCUCUUCCAAUCAACAGGAAUAUGGAUGCACAAGCCAAGAAAAAGGCUUUGUUUCGUGCUAAAUUGAAUGCCCAGAAGAAGGAGAAGCGUAUUGAAUCUCCCCUUGUGAGGUAUAAUGAAUUUGAUCAACCUGUUUGCCGGGUUUGUGAUGUUGUUCUAAAGUCCGAGUCUUUAUGGGAUGCACACCAAGUUUCUCGUAAGCAUCGUGAGGCAAUAAAUAAUCUGAAAGCUAAUGCAGCUGGAUUAACUCAACAAAAUAAUGCAAAGCCUGUUUCAGAUGCCAACAUUCCCAAGGCUAAACCAGAACAUCCUUUGGGCUCACAAUCGAAACUUCCAGAAAGUUCACGAGAAGUGUCUAAACAUCAAUCUUCGUCAGUGCUUCCACCAGGUUUUUUCGAUGACAAUGAUUCAGGAAAGAAAAUUUCUGACCAUUUAGCAGACUCUGAUUUAGGUAGAAAACCUGCGGUUUCUGCUCAAAAUCAGGCGUUAAACUUCAAGAAGGAGAAAGGUCAUUUUCAUGACAAUAGUGCUGCAGAGUCAAAUGUUAGCGAGGCCUCAACGGAGAGUAAGCAGACAUCAAUUAAUAGUAUUGAUACAGAGAUCAAGCAAGUAAAAGGGAGUCUGCCUGAAGGAUUUUUUGACAAUAAGGAAGCUGAUUUGCGUGCCCGUGGCAUAAAGCUUGUAAAGCCAGAUGUCAAAGACGAGUACAAGGAAUUUGAGAAGUUGAUUCAAGAAGAUUUGCAGGAGGUUGACAACAGGUUGGAGGAAGAAGAGAUUGAUGCGGCCGAAAUGAUAGAGGAAGCUGAAUCUGUAGAGCAGAAGAUCUUCAGGGAGAAAGUGGAAAUGUUGAAGAAGAGGAGAUUGGAUCUAAAAGCUGCUAAUGCUGCAAAGCGUAAUAAAUCAUCUGAGGUUGUAGCCAAGGAAUCUACACACGAAGACUCAUCCAGUGAUGAUGAAAGUGAAGAAAAUUUUGCCGUGGAUUGGAGAGCACAACACUUGUGAUCUGUGAAUACUGUGCUAAUUUUUUUUUCUUGUUUCCUGAAUUCGUGACUUUUAUAUAAUUAGCCCAUAUCAGAUUUUGGACAUGUUAUUUACCACCCUCUUGUCUCUUUAUCAAUGAUAAAGAGUUUGGGCUGAGUUUGGGCUUUAUGGUCAAAUUUGAAAAUGUUUUUACAUUGACAGGACGUCCUUCCUAAAAUAGGUGUUUUGAAAGUCAUGGUUUUCUUCUGCUCUGUUUGGUGACACUGAUGGAUACGGAUGAGCGAGUGGGAGGCUAAAUUUAGUUUGGUGACGCUUAUGAUCAAGAGUUGAAGUUUGUUGUGACCUUCACUGACGGUAGUUGUAACCUUUUAAGAAAUGAUAAUUUUCAUAGUUUAAAAAUAAAUUUACUUUUC